AUGUGGGGCUCAUCACAACAGGUCCUGGAGUUCCCGGGGCCCCAGAAGAUCCUCAAAACACUUGGUUCGCUCUUGCUAUCCUCAACUGCGGAGGAAAGGACUCCGGGAACUCUGCGAUCUUGCCCUCGGUCCGACGUCAGCUGCCAGGCCAGGUAUAAUGGCCAAGAUACCUGUUGCUUUAACUAUCCAGGCGGCCAGAUGCUACAAACGCAAUUCUGGGACACCGACCCUGCAGUUGGUCCCGAUGACUCUUGGACCAUUCACGGGCUUUGGCCUGAUCAUUGCGACGGCGGUUUCGAUCAAUUCUGCGAUUCCAAGCGGAAGUACAGCAACAUCUCGCUAAUCUUAGUGGAUUCUGGUCGCGGAGAUCUGCUUGACUACAUGAGCGAGUACUGGAAGGACUUCCGUGGCGAUGACGCUACCCUGUGGGAGCAUGAGUGGAACAAACACGGUACCUGUGUCAGCACCCUUGAGCCACACUGCUACGAGGAUUAUCUCCCUCAGCAGGACGUGGUAGACUACUUUGAUAAGGCAGUAGAGAUCUACCAGCAGAGGCCAUCAUACAAGUUCCUUGCCGACGCUGGUAUCGUCCCAUCGAAUCGUCAAACCUAUGCACGGGAGGAUAUCGAAAACGCGCUGGAGCGUGGACAUGGUGCACCCGUUACCAUUCACUGUCGAAGAGGCAUAUUCAACGAGAUCUGGUACCAUUUCAAUAUUGCCGGUAGUUUGCAGGCCGGGCAAUUCGUCACCGCAGAUCCUGAUGGUCAGAAAUCAAACUGCCCCGCUCGUGGUAUCCACUAUCCGCUUAAGCGGGCCCAGAAGGACCCAUCCAAGACCACCACCAGCCAUGGAUCGGAGCCGACGGACCCAGGAACUCCAUUUACUGGCAGGGGAAACUUGCUGGUAUCGACUCUAAACCAAAGACGUGGCUGUAUCAUCAGCAAAGGAACAUGGUAUCAAUCUGGGACUUGUGCUACUUUCCGAGCAGAGAAGGAAUCAGAUGAUACAUUCACUCUGAAAUCAAGCAAAGGACCAUGCUCCUUUGACGAGGGUAUCUUGAGCUGUGGAGAUCAUGUUGAUAUCCCUAGCGCCUUUACGGCCGAGGAGGACAAACUUGCUUAUGAAGGUAAAACAACCUUUUACGCAGACAAGCCACCCAAGGGCUUCACACAGAGCACCGUCUACUCCGACCAGGAAUCCCACCCGAUUGAGAUUGAGAUUACGUGGAAGGCGUAG